CUUCCCCUGAGUUUGGUGGCUCACGCAGUCUAUGGCAUCUGACAGAUUUGACGAAAAUGCCAAAGGUCGCUCUGCAGAUUCAGGCACAGAUGGAAAACAUCACCAACUUAAAGACAGAAGGCGAUGACUUCAGGUGGUAUCUGAAGCUGAAAUGUGAAAACUGUGGUGAAGAGACACCAGACUAUGUGUACUUAACUGCUUCAGAAAAUUAUCCUUUGGCAGGAGGUAGAGGUGACGCAAGCCUAGUGCUAAAAUGUAAACUGUGCAAAAGAGAAAACUCAAUAGAUAUUAUCCCAGACUCAUUUGCACCAUAUACUGCAGAGGAUGCAGGAAAGUUUAAAACUAUAGUCAAAUUUGACUGUAGAGGAGUGUCCCCUACUGAGUUUUCACCUAGGGUGGGCUGGAUUGCAGAAGGUACAGAGUCUGGUACACCAUUCAGCAUUGAUCUGAGUGAAAAGGAAUGGUAUGACUAUGAUGAAAAGGCUGGUGAGUCUGUCAGCAUCUCUGAGGCAGGUUUCCAGUUUGUGCAUGUGAAGCAGUGAUCGUGAUAGCCAAUUUUCAUCCCAUGCGAACUUUUAACUUUCAAUAUGCGAAAAUCACUUCUGUGGUAAAUGCCAUGUAUACUUUAGAAAGCUUCAAUAUUUUUAUUUCAUGCUCUCUGUAAAUGUGAUCAGCUUGUCUGCUGAAUAGACUGAUUUUGUGCAGUCAUAAUGUGCUGAAUAAAAUGAUGCUGUUGUAUGCUU